AUGGCUAGAGUUCCCAUCUUUGCUCCCAAAUUCAUGAUCAUUCUCUCACUCAUCUUUUCCUUUUCCACAAUUUUGGUCAAUGGAGAUCAAGAUCACGAAUUUGUGAGAAGCAUGGACAGGAAGCUAUUAGGGCUCAAGAAAGAAAAGCUCAGCCAUUUCAAAGUAUACUGGCAUGACAUCCUUACAGGCCCUAACCCUAGUUCCAUCCAAGUUGUGCCACCAUUGAACACUUCAAUAACAGCUUUUGGGUUAGUGAGAAUGAUCGAUAACCCUUUAACCUUAGGGCCUGAAAUGAGCUCAAGGUUGGUAGGAAAGGCGCAAGGGUUUUAUGCACAGGCAUCACAACAAGAUCUUGGCUUGUUAAUGGCCAUGAACCUUGCUUUUAUUGAAG